AUGGAGGAAAGACUUCUUGACAGUUCCAAGGACGCAAAGAAGCAUCAGUGGAAGUCUCGGAAGGCCCGCGAUAGAUUAUUUUGGUUACGACGAAUGAAGCAAAGAGAGGAGGCGAGACACCGUCGUCGCGCCCAGAGCAAAGGAUCUACAGGGGGACUUCAGGCUAUGCAAAUCGAAGAACACUUACCAGACGGUACUACAAGUCUUCUGACCAUCACUGACCGCCGCCUAGUAGAAGAUGGGUGCAUGCAAGAAAACACGGCACGCUGUGAUCAAACACAAGCUCCGUACACCACCCCACCUAUGGCCGAACCGUUAUAUAGCAAAUUUACCGGUGACAGUGCUGAAUCCAAUUCUCUGGCAUUGUUAGAAGGCCGUUACAUGUUACCUGAUCUGUUGGAUCCAGCUACGGCUUCCUUCUUAUCUCACUGCCGGUUCCACAAAGGACACUUCAAGGCGGCUACCCAGUCUCCAUCCAUAGCGUACUGUGAUGCCCUCUUCCGGAACAUUCUUCUCAUCACGGGCUUCGUCCCUCUUCAAUGGCAAAACCUGAUGAACUUUGCCAUUGAAUUGCCAUUGAAAAGAAGCCCGGAGACUUCCGCCUAUCUAAAAUGCGCACCAUCCAGCUGA